AUGAUAUUUGAAUUAGAAGAUGUGGAUGGUAACAUAUUAGCUGACCAAGAAAAAAUAGCAUAUAUCUUGGUAAAAUUCUUCCAACAAAAGUUUCAAUGUCAGGAGGUGACUGUAAAUGAUCCCUUGUUGGAUGUCAUUCCCAAGUUGAUAACCAAUGAAGAUCAAGUCAUGAUAGAAGCUAUCCCUGUGUUAGAAGAAAUCAAAAUUGCAGUUUUUGAUAUGAAUGCAGAUGGAGCACCAGGACCAGAUAGUUUUUCAGACAUUUUCUAUGAAUCUUGCUGGGAUAUCAUAAAUAGUGAUUUGUUGAAUGCAGUUCAAUAUUGCUGGAAAAGGAAAUACAUUCCAAGGGCUACUAGAAUGAAUGGUCUUAUGAGUAGAUUGGUCUCAGUUCAGCAAGCAGCUUACAUUAAAGGCAGAAGUAUACAUGAACAUGUCAAGAUGGCUUCUGAAUUAGUGAAUGAAAUGAAGCAUACAGGAAGGGAAGGGAAUUUCUGCAAAAAAUAUGGCUUCUCUGCAUCUUGGUGUGAGUGGUUAAGAGUUCUAUUUUCAUCUGCUAAAAUUUCUGUAAUGAUUAAUGGUGGUCCACAAGGUUUUUUCUCAAUGGAGAGAGGAUUAAAGCAAGGAGAUCCUCUGUCUCCAUUACUUUUUGUGCUAGUAGAGGAAGUUCUAGGUCGAACUAUUGGAAGCAAAUAG